CUUCUUGUCCUCUAUUCGCGUCCACCCGAUAUGGAUACCCUUCUCCACACCCCUACAUCAAUGGCCAAGCGCCCUUGUCCCUUCUCCAUCUCCUCCUCCUCCUCCUCCUCCACCGCCACCGCCACCGCCACCGCCACCACUAGCACUUCCUCCUCCCCAAGCCCUAAUAGGCAACCGAACAUGAACCACCAAGUAGAAAAUCUCCUCCAAACAUUUUUAGGCCUUGCGGACUCACCUUCCCUCUCUAUCGACCUCUCCUUCGAGCGCCUCCUCGAUUCGUUACCUUCUGACGCCGAACAGUCCCUCUUCAUCAAUCGCGCCCUCAAAUUGGGAUCUAUACUUCUCGAAGCUGGGAAACGCUCCGCCAGAAAACGCUCUUCCAAUCACAAUUCGCUUACCUGGGCUCUACCUCCCGAUCUCACCAUCAAGGUAUUUUCUAUGCUUGAUAUGCAAAGUUUGUGCUAUGCUGCAGCAACUUGUUCAAUGUUUCACAAAUGUGCCAUGGAUCCCUUGUGCUAUACCAAUAUUGACUUGACAACAGUAGUCCCUAAAGUCAAUAAUGCAGUGGUGUCCACAAUGAUCCAACGUGCUGGAAAAGCUCUGCAGUCCCUUAAGCUUGGUAUAGUUCCAGGUCCAACGGUGUCACCAGGAUCUUGUCAGCCAUUAGUUUAUAGCAUCAGGAAUUCUGUAGAUGUAUCUAACUUUUCAUGGAAUGACAAAAAGACCAGACAAGGGAAAGAAUCAUCUAUUCUCACUAGAUCCUGCCUAAGCCCUUUGAGUGGGGAUAGUGGUGCUGCAGGGACUCUUUUGAGAAGGUUGCACCUUUACAAUAUUGAAAGAAUGGAUAACACCUCACUUUGUGGGGCAUUGUCAGCCUGCCCCUCUCUCCUUGACCUGGAAAUUGUUGGCCUCAGGCAUGUUGAGUUGAGGCAAACACUGGUGUCCGUGAGCAUGAAUUGUCCCUUGAUAGAGCGUUUGUUUUUCGAGUCUUCAAAAACAGGAAGAGAUGAGAGUUUGAAAUCGCCAACCUGUGCGGAUCUAGUGAAUAAUUGUCCAAACUUAAUCUCAUUGGCUCUCAGAGGCUUUAAGCUGCAUGAUUGUAAAGUUCGCAUACUUGUGAAGGGAUUUCGUAAACUGAAAUAUGUUGAUUUUUCAACAUCAUAUUCAAUCACCGGAAAUUUUUUGAGGAACCUGGGAGGUAGCACAGGUGGGAAUCUUCUGGAGGUUUUAAUUUUACGAGAUUGCAUGCAUCUCAAAGAGGUUGAAGUUGCUCGCCUAUUGACGGCAGUCCUUGCAGGAGACUUUAAGUCUCUUCGAUAUCUUGAUGUGUCUAACAGGGAAGGUUUAGCUUCUGAAGGUGACUGGUAUCAUAGAUGCUACAGUUCAAGUAUCAUACCUAUAAAGCAGGUGUUAGAAGCAAGGUCUGAUAUCUGUUUGCUAGCUGAGUUUCCACCAGAGGGAAGUUUUAUCGACAUUGAACAAAUGAUUGACAACGAGCUAAAUAGUGAAGUCAGCCUGCCAUCACACCUGAGCAGUCCCACUUCAGAUGGUUCGUUUUUCAUGAGUACAUUAGAAAGCAGCUAUAAUAGUGAUCAGAGUGGUGGCAAUGAGGACAGUCAAUACAACCAUUAUGAGGAAAGUUCGGAUGAGGUCUAUUUUCUGGUUGUUUAGCUGAAACUUUGAAGUCCAGCAAGGUCUGGAAUCAAUGGCCAGCGGUGGAUUGGAUGGUUAUGAUCUCAAACACAGUAUUCCCUAGAUGAGGCUUUUGUUGAGAGCAAGCUGAAAGUGAACCAUGGUUGAUGAAUUGACUUAUGGACAUUUUCUUGUGCAUGCCAUCUCAUCUUUCUCAGAGCUAUUGAUGAUGCCUUUGGAUUCCUGAAGCUGCGGAUAUUCUCUAGGUUGCUGACUGAGUUGAUGGCUGUUAAACCUUGUCUAAUGAAAUGACUGUAAAAAGCCUCGGGGGAUUUUUUGCCCCCUUGCCCCAAAUUCUCUUCUUUUAUUUUGGUUUCCAUAUAUUUAUUGUUCUUAGGGGGGCUGAUUGAGGAUGCUUCUAGCUUCCCCUAGUGUUAUUUGGGUCCGGGAAAUUGGAUGAUAUCAUAUUUGUUAAUCAUCCAUCAUAAGUCGUAACAAUGGCAUACUUGAGGGCAAAUUUACUCGCAUGUAUGGAAAUAUUGAUAAGGUUCGCCCCUCCCACUUGACCCAUGGUCUUCUGAACAUCACGUUAAUCCCUUGGUAGAACUUGAAUCUGAAUACAGCAGCAGGCUGUUAAAUUGGCAAGACUUGAGUUUAUGCAGGAAGCGUGGCUGAUGAAGCAUCUUCUUCCGUGUAAGUUGUUGCUAGAAUCUUACCUUUUUGGUGGGUGCCUUGCUCUUGGUGGUCAUUAAAACAUUUGAUGAUGUUGGCCAAGAUCGUGCAGGAGAAGAUGGCAGACUUGAGUGAGCCAAUUUAUUUGCUGGAUCAUAGUGUUCAGUUACCAGCAGCCAUUGCGAAAUCAAUGUACUUAUAAUUUGUUAAUCUUGUUUUCGAUGGAUUUAGUUGCAUUCCUAUGUACCCAUUAUUAGAUAAUCUGUUUAUUAUUAUUAUUAUUAUUAUUAU